AGGGCUAGGUCUUCUACCGUUUGCAGACUCAUGACACCAAACACACGUGGCACAGCGAAACUGAUCAUGUGCGACUGUUAGUGUUGUAAAUGGGUGUGCUAGACGACGUCUAGUCUGCGAUAUCACAUCGUUUCACAGCGAGUGAGGAGAUCCGAGAAGCUAGUUCCCUGAAGGGAAGAGUGAAGUCGAGUAACGGGUAGCACCUCAGAGGGGAAAGAGUGCUGAAGGGCAAUCCUUGUGAACGAGGAAGUAAUUAUACUUUAUAGUUGUGGGUGGCUUCGGCGCCAAUCUUGCAGCAGCGUGCACGUGGUAGAGAAAACAUAGCACUGUCUUGAUCGACAGGAAUCAAUGGAGAUUGAACAAAAGCAAAGGAGGAAUUCAGCAGGCAGAGCCCAACCCAGUCUGAGAGGUACCAGGUACUUGCUCGCCUUUCUGUUUUUUGCUGGCACACUAUGCUGGGUACCGGACGCGGAAGGCCGCAAGGCUGCCGGCACCUGGCUUAGCCAGAAGGAGGUGGACAAGCGCGUAAAAGAGACGGACUUUCGCGUGGCUAUCGUCAUGUACGCAGCUGGUGACAGGGAGGAGGAAGAACAUGGCGAUAUUCAGUCCACGUUUGAAGAAGCAAGUCACUCUCUCAGUCGAUUUGCCAUUAAAAGUUACAAGGUCAACUGCAAAAAGAACACGAAGGCGACGCAGUGUCAGGCAGACAGUGGGGACUUUCCCCUCAUUGUUGCAUACAGCGGCGGGACCAGUCAAACGCGAUUGUCAGAAGAUGUGGUCAGUAAGAGCGUGUCACUGGUUGCAGCCGGCUUACAGUCCAUGCUACUCAACUUCAAGAUGGGUAGUGGCAACUUGCUGCAAUAUGUCUCAACCCGGAGCCAGUUUGACAAUGUCAAGAGCAAACGCGACAAAGUGGCUGUGUUUGCCACAGGUGAUUACCAUGGAGAAGGCCAUCAGGCAUUCCUGGAAGCUGCCUACUACUUCCUCAGCAGUCGUCACGGCUACAAGAUGACGCUGGUGGUGACAGACAACAUGGACCUGUGCCAGGGUGAUGCACAGGUGUCAACAAGAGCGGUGAAUGCUCUUUGGGCAUCUCACCUCAAUGGGGAGCAUCUUCCGAGAAUUGUGAAUGGAUACUAUGGGCAAUGGGAGCCGCAAGGCAUGCUGUCAUUCUUCUUCGGCUCCAUCCUCGCAAAUGUUGUCGAAGGAGACGAAGUCGUAGAUGAUGAGAUGCUACUGCGCGAGCUGACUGUGCACAAUGACUUUGGUCUAACUCUGGCCAUACUGCCAUGCAAUUCUAAACAAUAUAGCACUGCCUUGCGCGUGCUCUUCACCGACAUGAACAAGAAGUUUCAAGGCAGCAUCGCAGGAAUCUAUGUGAAUCUACGAAGAAAGAAUGCGGUUUCCCAGUUUCCUGAGGUCGAGGCGCUGGUUGAAGAGAGCAGGCGUGACGAGAGUCUGCGCAAACCGCUGAUCAUCCUGCGACCCGGUGCAAAGGAUGGCAAGAGGCCUGAUCCAGUGGCUGUGUUCAACAUGACCUACGAAAGCGUGGAGACAGCAUACAGGAGUAUUCUUCCGACACCCCCAACUCCACCAAGGACCAUCAAGAAGCCCAAAGCAAAGAAGAAGAAGAAGAAGGCUGCACCCAAAGCCAAACCAUUGCCAGACAAAGCAGAGAAAGUCCAGGAGAAAGUAGCAGACAUACCUGAGAAAGUCUCCACAAAGGACACUGAACAGGAAAGAUAUCCACCACUGCCGGACAAGCCGAAAACUGCCGAGCGAAAGAAGGAAAACUUGGACACCGAAGGAAAGCCGGACGGUCCCAAUGCCAAGAUGGAGACUUCAAAGAGUCCAGAGAGGGAACGUAUCAAUAAAGCCAAAGUGGAUGAUCGGGACAGUGAGAAGGCGCCGGAGUGGGACGAUGAUAUGAUGACUUGGAAUAAGGAGGAGGAGGAGGAUUCGGCUGAGACUACAUUCAUUGGCAACAGUGACGACGUGGCAUACCUCUCAGAGCGGAUCAAUCGUUUUGAGCAGCUAUUGCGGAUUCGACCUACGGCAAGCCUUCCACUGCUGAGGGCGGGCGAGAUGGCCAGGCUGCAUGAGAUUGCACCGCUGGUAGUAGUGCUCUACUACACGCCAUACACGUCACCAUCACGUGUGUUUAGGGUCGUCAUGUCCGAUGUUGCAGGGGAAUUCAAAGGCAGAGAAGCCGAGGUGGCAUUCCGAGCCAUCAACUGUGCUCAAUUGGUCGACGUCUGCAACCGGCAAGACGUCAGACACACGCCGUCCAUUGCAUUUGUAACCCAGCAGAAGGGGUCAAAGGCCGCAAAGCAUGUCAAGUACAGAGACUACUUGGACUACGGAACAGUCUUCAAGACCAUAAACCUUCGCCUGCAACCCGCUGUCAAGCAACUAUCCACCCGGCAGCAGCUUAUCGAUCUCAUCCUAAAGCAGUACGGGAGCAUGAGUGAGACCGUCGCUGUGGCAUUGCUGAGCUCGGGCCAACUCACUGAGUUCGCUGCCUUCAGCAGCAUGGCUGGCAAGUGGAAGGGACGCUUCCUGUUUGUGAAUGCUGUUGGUGAUCUCCUGACCUAUUUACUUGAAAAGCACAAUGCUCGAGUCCCCGCUUUGCUGCUCCUUAAGCCCCGUGAUCUGGCUGAGCCUGCAAAGCUGAUGCCAGGAAAGUUCACCGAGGACAACAUGAAAACGUUCUUCAAGCAGGGAACCCAGCCAAGAAUGGGUCAGCUCACUCCGGCCAAUGCAGGUCGCCUGCUAGAUGAAGGCAAGACACUAUUUGUCUACAUUGGUCAACUCGAGUCACCCAAGGCAAACGCAAGCACACCACAGACACAGAAGCAGCCAUACUGGGCGAAGCUCUUGCAAUCACUGAAGGCGGUUGCAUUGGAGCCGGAGUUUGAGGCCCAUUAUUGCUUCGUCUGGCUCUCCAAGAGCACACCUGGGCUGGAUGAGAUACAACGCAGUCUGAACAUAGGUCUUGAGGAUGCAAGUGCCACAUUGAUCAGCAUGAAGGCAGAAUCAGCAUUUGAAUUUUCCGGCUCUCCAAGUAAGAAAGCAAUCCGCGACUUUCUCACAAGCUUUGAUGAGGGCCGAGCCUACCCAACUGGACAUAUGUUAAAAUCCGACUGGAAGCCAAGAGGCAAAGCAACAGAUUUCCUCAGCAAAUCCAAACUCCUGCCAUUCUGGAAGACAACUGAUGCAAGCAGCAGGAGCAUCAAGGACGAUGAAACGAUCAGCGAGUCUAAUAUACAGCGCAGCCGAAUCCGAGUCGCAUCUCCGGACGAUGAAGACUUGGAGGCGGAUGAAAUUGAAGACCUCCCCACAGAUCGGGACGUGAACACAGCACCGCACAAAACUGUAUCCAAGCAGCGCGAUGAGCUGUGACAGAAAGUUGAUGCUACACAAUAUGUUUACUAGUUAAUACCCUGAGCUACAGAAUAAACCUUGAGUCCCAAUCCCCCCCCUCCCAAUGGAUAUGCACUAUUUUAAAAAAAUAUACCACUCUGUUUCAAGAGUGAAAUUGGAAUUGGAAUGCACCAUUUUCUGCAUUGCUUACUUCAUCACCAGGUAGGCACGUCUGUCAAGGCUUCCCGCAACGACUUCACAAGUUCCCUGUGCCAAGCUAAACAAAUUGAGCACAAUCAUUUUAUAAAAGCCACUUCAUAGAGCCUUUGGAUUGCUUGUAAUACUAUUAAGAGUAGAAUGCACUCCCAGCAUAUUUACUCUUACCGGUAAUGAUUAUUAUGUGCACGUGUGCGUCUGUACCAGUAUGUGCAUAUCAAGUUGUCUCCUUGCAAGAGCACUGAAGUGCAGUGGAAAACAAGGUACACUGUCCACCAUUGCUUUUAAAUUCCAGCGUUGCAGGGGGAAAUCUAUACA